AUGGCCGCGCCUCAGCCCGGGGGAAGCCGCGCCCCAGUCGCCGCCGCCGCCCCUGCAGGCCGGGCGAAGCUCACCCACCCGGGAAAGGCCAUCCUGGCAGGUGGCAUUGCUGGAGGUAUCGAGAUCUGCAUCACUUUCCCUACAGAAUAUGUCAAAACGCAGCUGCAGCUGGACGAAAGGGCCAACCCUCCUCGGUACAGAGGCAUCGGUCAUUGUGUGAAGUUGACUGUGCAGGAUCAUGGCUUCCGAGGACUGUACCGGGGCCUCAGCUCCCUGCUGUAUGGAUCCAUUCCAAAAUCUGCAGUCAGGUUCGGAGUCUUCGAGUUCCUCAGCAGUUAUGCCAAAGACGCGACAGGGAAACUGGACAGCAAAAAGAGCUUAUUCUGCGGCCUCGGGGCUGGCAUGGCAGAAGCCGUGGUGGUUGUCUGUCCCAUGGAGACCAUCAAGGUGAAGUUCAUCCAUGAUCAAGGGUCUCCCAGCCCCAAGUACCGAGGUUUUUUCCAUGGGGUCCGUGAAAUUGUGCAGGAGCAAGGUCUGCGUGGGACCUAUCAGGGGCUCACAGCCACCAUCCUCAAACAAGGCUCCAACCAGGCCAUCCGGUUCUUUGUGAUGACCUCUUUCCGCAACUGGUAUCUAGGGGACAGUCCCCACAGAGAGAUGAAUCCCUUUGUCACCGCUCUGUUCGGGGCAACCGCAGGUGCCGCCAGCGUCUUUGGCAAUACUCCCCUGGAUGUCAUCAAAACCAGGAUGCAGGGACUGGAAGCCCACAAAUACAAAAGCACGUUGGAUUGCGCCUACCAGAUCCUUAAAAACGAGGGGCCCACUGCAUUCUACAAAGGGACUGUUCCCCGCCUUGGCCGGGUCUGUCUAGAUGUGGCCAUUGUGUUUGUGAUUUACGAAGAAGUGGUGAAACUUCUCAACAAGGUCUGGAAAACCAUUUGAUGCUCUUGGCUUAAAAAGGAUCUUAGAAGGCUGUUGGAUUCUCAAAUUCUCGCAGAUGUAAUUUUUUGCUUGUAUGGCCGCCUGCACCAGCUGCUACCACCACCUGCACCGGCUACUACCACCAAAGGAUUCUUGACUGCUGCGGUGAACUAAUUGUGAGAGUACUUUCAAGAGAAAAAGCCAAGUGAAAAUCUGGUGUUACCUCCCCCCCCCCCCCCCGCUCAUGCGCACACACCUAU